AUGGCUUCGGGGGCCGCGCUGUCACCUAGCAUCGUAGAGUACUUCGAGGGUGAGGACUUCUACCGCUGCGGCUACUGCAAGAACGAGUCGGGCAGUCGCUCCAAUGGCAUGUGGGCGCAUUCGUUGACGGUGCAGGACUACCAGGCUCUUAUAGACCGAGGAUGGCGACGAAGCGGGAAAUAUGUGUAUAAGCCUGUUAUGAAUCAAACAUGCUGUCCUCAGUACACAAUAAGGUGCCGACCUUUGCAGUUCCAGCCAUCAAAAUCUCACAAGAAGGUCCUGAAAAAAAUGUUGAAAUUUCUGUCUAAAGGAGAGAUCUCGAAAGGAAGUUAUGAGGAUGAGCCCAUGGACUCUACAGUGGAGGACCCUGUUGCAGGUGACUUUGCUUUGAUCAAUAAACUGGACAUACAGUGUGAUCUUACAUCACUAAGUGAUGACAUCAAAGAGAGCUUAGAGAGUGAGAAGAAGAAAGGAAACAGUGCACGGAGAGAAGACUCCAGUGACUCGCUUCAGCCCCAGCAUGUGGAAGAGAAGCUGGGUUCUGGGGAACCAUCACAUCUGGUUAAAGUUCAGAGCGUUCCAAAGCCAGGUAUAGGCGCUGACUUGAGUAAGCCUCCAUGUCGAAAAGCCAAGGAAAUCCGGAAAGAAAGGAAAAGGUUAAAGCUCAUGCAACAGAGCUCAGCUGGGGGACCCCCGGGUCUCCAGGUUCAAGGAGAGUCACCAUCUUUGAACCCACCAAAGGCUAAAUGCAACCAGCCCAAGUCACUAGAAGACUUCAUUUUUGAGCCUUUACCAGAGGAUGCACCACACAAGUUAGAGGUGAGGGUUGUGAGAUCAUCUCCCCCAAGUUCUCAGUUCAAAGCCACAUUUCAGGAGUCCUACCAGAUCUAUAGACGUUACCAGAUGAUUGUUCACAAGGACCCGUGUGACAAACCAACUGUGAGCCAGUUCACAAGAUUCCUUUGCAGCUCGCCUUUGGAGGCUGAGAAUCCCCCGGAUGGACCAGGGUGUGGAUACGGCUCCUUCCACCAGCAGUACUGGCUCGACGGGAAGCUCAUCGCUGUGGGGGUGAUCGAUGUCCUUCCGUACUGCGUGUCGUCCGUGUAUUUAUACUACGACCCUGACUACUCCUUUCUGUCCCUGGGCGUCUACUCUGCACUGAGAGAAAUUGCGUUUACUAAGCAACUUCAUGAGAAAACGUCUCAACUCAGCUACUAUUACAUGGGAUUCUACAUUCAUUCAUGUCCCAAAAUGAGAUACAAGGGUCAGUACAGACCUUCUGACUUGCUGUGUCCGGAGACGUAUGUGUGGGUCCCCAUUGAGCAGUGCCUGCCCUCGCUGGAAAACUCCAAGUACUGCCGUUUCAACCAGGACCCGGAAGCAGUGGAUGAAGACCGGAGCAAGGACCCCGACCGGCUGCAGGUGUUCCACAAGAAAGCCAUCAUGCCUUACAGCGUGUACAAGAAACAGCAGAAAGCGCCCAGCGAGGACGUGGCGGUUCUGCAGUAUGCCAGCCUGGUGGGGCAGAGCUGCUCCGAGAGGAUGCUGCUGUACAGAAACUGACCGGCGCCUCCC